UAGAACAACACCAUCUUCAACUUCAAAUCCAAAGCAUCCAGUAACAUGCAAUCUCUCAGGCUCCCAUUUCGCCUUGUCAAUGAACAACAACAACAACAACAAUCAUCACUUUCAAACAAGACUCUGAUGUUUCAUGUGGAGGGGGCUCUGUUAAGGUCAUCUUCCCUUUUUCCUUACUUCAUGCUUGUGGCAUUUGAAGGUGGAGGGAUAAUAAGAGCACUUCUACUCUUUCUUUUAUACCCUCUGGUUUAUUUGGUUGGGGAAGAAAUGGGUUUAAAGAUUGUUGUUUUUGUGUGCUUUGUGGGGAUUAGAGAGGAGAGUUUUCGACUAGGAAGAACUGUUUUGCCCAAGUUCUUCUUGGAGGAUGUUGGUUAUGAAGGGUUUGAUGUAGUGAUGAGACAUAGGAGAAAGAUUGGUGUCAGUGAAUUGCCUAGAGUUAUGGUGGAAGGAUUUUUGAGAGAUUACUUGGGAGUUGAGGGUGUUGUGGGCAGAGAAUUGAAGAGUUUUUGUGGGUAUUUUGUUGGUUUAAUGGAGGAAAAGAAGUGGGGUUCCAAUUUUCAUCAUGAUAUUAUUGGUUUUGGCUGCUCCAACAAAUCCUUAAAUCAGAAUCUCUUUUCUCACUGUGAAGUGGUUUACUUGGUGAGUGAAGCUGAGAAGGCAAAUUGGCAAGUUCUUCCAAGAGAGAAGUACCCAAAACCUUUGAUCUUUCAUGAUGGAAGAUUGGCUUUUAGACUAUCUUCAAAGUCCACCUUAUCUAUGUUCAUAUGGAUUCCAUUUGGGUUCUUUUUAUGCAUCAUUAGGAUUAUUAUUUUCUUGCUAUUGCCUUACAAGUUUUCCAUCCCAAUCUCAGAGUUUAUUGGGUUGAGAGGUACCUCAUCAAAACCAAAAACUUUCUCAACCCCAAUUAAGACAAAUGAAAAUUCAAAGGGUCUUCUCUAUGUGUGUAAUCACAGAACUCUAUUGGAUCCGAUCCAUGUUUCGAUGGCUAUAAUGAAACCUCUCACUGCUGUCACAUACAGUCUGAGUAGGUGUUCUGAGGUGCUUUCACCAAUUAAAACUGUCAGAUUAACAAGGGAUAGAGAGAAAGAUUCAAAGAUAUUGGAGAAGCUACUAAGCCAAGGUGAUGAUCUUGUGGUUUGUCCAGAAGGAACCACUUGCAGAGAACCUUAUCUACUAAGGUUUAGUCCUUUAUUUGCUGAGAUGAGUGAUGAUAUUAUUCCGGUUGCUAUUGACAUUCAAGUUGGGAUGUUCUACGGCACUACUGCUAGCGGGUUAAAAUGCUUAGAUCCUGUUUUCCUACUCAUGAAUCCAAUAACAAACUGUUCGGUAAAGCUGCUCAAGAAGUUACCAAAAUCAUUGACAUGUGAUGCUGGUGGGAAAUCAAAAUUUAAAGUAGCUGAUCAUUUGCAGGCACAGAUUGGUAAAGCCUUGAAGUUUGAGUGUACCAGUUUGUCAAGAAAAGACAAGUACAUGAUGUUGGCAGGUAAUGAGGGGAAAAUCUAG